GGAUACCUCGCUGCCCCGGACAUGUCACCGAUGGCGGGCAGUCCUGACACCCACACUCGUGCGCUGCCUUCGGCAUGGACCUCGCUCGACUCUGGGCCCAGUAUGCAGGAAACCCUCGACGCACUUGAGGCGUACAAGAAGAAAGACCCCUCUAAAGUGGUCGUGCGGUUCAAGGCUGUGGGCAACGCUCCAAUUAUGAAACAGAACUUGUACAAGAUCACAGCCUCGAAUCGGUUUCAGGCGGUCAUACAGUUCCUGCGCAAGGAACUAGGCUGGAAAGCGGGGGAUCCGUUGUUUACAUAUAUCAACCUCGCUUUCGCACCUGCUCCAGAUGACACUGUUGCAAAUUUGUACAAGUCGUUUGCGACUGAGGGUCACUUGAUAGUAAACUACAGUACUACCGCUGCCUGGGGCUAAUGAAUAUGUCAUACAUGCACCUAUAACUUAUAUUCGCUGCCCCCGAGUCCGAUUGCUGCACGAUUACCGGAAGUUAAUGGUAUUUACACCCCGCUGUAUUGGAUCUGCCCGCAUAAUAUACUUGCAUCUUUCAUAACUGGUAGAGAGACUCAGAACGACGCAAGACAAGACCAAUAAACAGACCAGCUCGACCUGACCGGUGCCAGGUGUCGUGAUUCUUCACGC